GCAAAUAUCAAAAAGGUGAACCAAAAGUGGGAGUUAAUUUGAGAUUUAUUUCAAUUUAUUAAUUUAAAAAGUACAAUCCUAUCUAUAUUAUACAAUGCUUGUGUUAGUACUUGGUGAUUUGCACAUUCCUCAUCGCUGUAGCAGCCUUCCUCCAAAGUUCAAGAAACUGCUACUGCCUGGCCGCAUACAACACAUACUAUGUACUGGAAACCUGUGUACUAAAGAGUCCUAUGACUAUCUCAAAACACUGGCCAGUGACGUACAUGUUGUAAGAGGAGAUUUCGAUGAGAACUCAACAUAUCCAGAACAGAAGGUGAUUACAGUUGGUCAGUUCCGUAUAGGAUUGAUACAUGGUCACCAAGUAGUGCCAUGGGGUGACGAGGAAUCUCUAGCACUGGUACAGAGGCAGCUCGAUGUGGAUAUCCUGAUAUCUGGUCACACACACCGAUUUGAAGCCUAUGAGCAUGAGAAUAAGUUUUAUAUAAAUCCUGGCUCAGCAACAGGAGCAUACAGCCCACUAUUCAGGAAUCCCACCCCAUCGUUUGUGCUUAUGGACAUACAGAGUUCGACAGUAGUGACAUAUGUGUACAAGCUACUAGGAGAUGAAGUCAAAGUAGAAAGGAUUGAGUAUAAGAAAGCAUAGUGUAAAGUAUCUCAAUAGUAUUAUAAAUUAUUUAUGAUAUAUUGAACAUUCGUUUUAAGCAUUUAUGUACCUAAAGAAUUUUUUAUAAAUAUAUUACCUAUUAUAAACACUA